AUGGCACCUCCCGGAGUAGCUGCUCCAGGGACCGCUGCUCCUCCCGGCAUGCAGCAAGCCAACACUCAGCAGCCUGGUCGCCCAGGGUUCCCGCCCAACUUUCAACCUCCGGCGAAUAUGCCCAAUAUCAAUUUCUCUGCUCCGGUCAUUCGUCUAGGCACCUCAGGCCCAGCCAAGGCUGCAGCCCCAGAAAUGGGCCGCGAGCGGGGGCCAGAUGGCCCGGGUCGACGCGGUGGUCUAGGAUCAACAGGGAUGGACCCUCAGCGCCACUCUGGCCGAGAGGCGAUGGUGCCUGUUCACCCCCCUACCCGUGAUGAAAUUGUGCGCACGCUUUUCGUUGGCAAUAUCACUGAGGGCGUGGGUGGUGACGAGGGCAUCGAGCGCAUUCUACGAUCUGCCGGUAUCCUGCGUCGGUGGAUUCGUGCCACCGAUGCCGAUGAGAAGCCCUGUCGAUUCGGUUUUGCCGAAUACGACGAUCCAGAGAGCCUCGAAAUUGCCGUUGAGACAUUGAAGAAUGUCGAGGUGCCAGUCAAGAGACAGACUGUCCGUACAGAUGGCACCGAGGAACAGGAGGUGGAAAAGAGCACGCUUCUGGUCAUGGUCGACGAGGGUACUCUGACCUACCUGGAGCAAUUCGAGUCAAGCCGCGCCGAACAGGACCCUGAAGAUCGCCAGGCUCGGUUCAGCGCUGCUCGCACCAAUCUCGAAAACGCCUUGAAAGACCUAUUCCACCCUUCCACUCCCACUCAAAAGGAAGAUGCCUCCACCCUUGACCGAGAAGGUGAUACCGAUAUGCAAGACGUCGAGGUUACGAAGGAUGGUGAGGUGGUUACAAUUCCGAUUACAAUCGAAGACGAGUUGGCCGAUGUUCCGCCUGAGAUGCGCGCAAAUGUCGCCAAGGAGAUCGCAGCGUUCCGUGAACGCAGUAAUCGCCGUGACAUUGAGCGUCUACGACGCGAGGAAGAGAUUGAGUCCAUGGAGCGCGCGCGAAACUCCGGAUCUCGUAUUAACCGACUUGCUUCUCCCCCAGCCUCGGCUCCGAGUGGCCCUGCCGGUGGUACCAAUGGCAUUCCACUGGGCCCGCGGGACCGCAAUGUCCCCAACGCACCUUCCGGCCCCAAGGCAUUUGGUGUACAGAUCCCCAAGGAUUAUCAAAAGGGAGUCUCAUUUGUCAAUGGCGGGUCCCUUAAUGGCGUCUCGAUGGACCACGAGGACGAGGAUUCCGACGCUAGCGAUGAGGAGAUUCAUCGCCGCCGGCAGGAAAGGCAAGAAGCCGAGCAAGAAAAACACUAUUUAGAUCAAGAGCGCCGCUGGCUCAAUCGGGAACGCAGCCGAACCGCGGCCUUGGAGCGCGAGAAGAAGCGCGAGACCGAAGAAGAUGGAAAAUUGCAAGCUGCUCAUGAUGAAAUGGAGGCGCGUCUUGGUGCUUGGAAUGACGACACUGAAGCCAGUCGCAAGACUACGGAUUACUACGCGGACCGCGGAGCCUGGCUUCGUACCCGUGGUGCAUACCGCUCACGCGAAGCCAACAUUGACGAGGCUGAUCGUCUCGCGGAAGAACGCGAAAGCGCGCAGUCUGCCAAGCAGCAAGAGCAGGCUCGUGGCAUGGCCGACGAUUUCCUCGCCCGCCAAGCCGAGGAGCUUCAAACACGCCCCGCCGAAGCUCCUCGUGAGCCCCAGCGCUUCAAGCUGUCCCUCGGAGCUGCUGCGCAGAAAGUCCAGGCCGCCACCACCCGCCGCACUGUCGCCGAGGUUGAGGGUCUGUUGGAGGAUGAGGAAGAGCCCGAGACCACCACCCGUCGCCAACUGGUUCCCAUCAAAUUUGACUCGGCCGCCGAAGCUGCAGGUCUCACUGAGGAGGAGCGCGCACAGGCCGCCCGCCAGCUCGCCGCGGAGAUUCCAACCGAGAAGGACGGCCUUUGGAACUGGCCCGUCAAGUGGGAGUUUGUGGAUGAUGCCGUUCUCGGCGAUCAGCUCAAGCCGUUCGUGGAAAAGAAGAUUGUCGAGUAUCUCGGUGUACAGGAGCAGAUGCUGGUCGACGUUGUAGAGGAGCACCUGCGGAAACGUGGGCCACCCCAGGAAUUGGUGGAGCAGCUGGCUGAAGCAUUGGAUGAAGAGGCUGAGGUGCUUGUUCGCAAGCUUUGGCGCAUGGUGAUUUUCUUCUCGGAAAGCGAGAAGCGUGGUCUUUCGGCUUAA